AUGAAUGCAAGCCUGGAGUGCAUCUUUCCUGUGCUCACUAACUGCUCUCCGGGCAAGAACCACACGGAAGUGAAGACAGCUAUCCACAGAGCUACGCUGGCCACGUGCAUCCUUCUGCUGAUCCUGGUGUUCUGCCUGGGCUCCUAUGGGAACCUCAUUGUCUUCUCGUCCUUUUUCAACCCAGCCUACAGGAAGUUUAGGACGCAUUUUGAUUUCAUGAUCCUGAACCUGUCGUUCUGCGACCUUUUCAUCUGCCUUGUGACCGCCCCCAUGUUUGGCUUUGUGAUGUUUUCCAACAAUGGGAGUAGCAUGUCGGACACUUUCUGCUUCACCUUCCACCUCACCAGUACGGGAUUUGUUAUCAUGUCGCUGAAAACGGUGGCUGUUAUAGCCGUUCAUCGUCUGCGCAUGGUGUUGGGACAACAAACAAACCAUUCUUCCUCCUUUCUCUGCAGACUCCUUUUUACUGUCAUACUGUGGACCAUCAGCUUCACCUUGGCCACCUUAUCGGCCAUGACGAGGUACCACAGUUCCAAGAUCUGCAUCCCCCUGCUUGGGCUGAUCAACGAAGAUGGCAAAGCCAUUUUGUACACCUACGUGGUCGACUUCACGCUUUGCAUGGGCAUUGUUGCAAUUUCUUAUGCAAUGAUCGCCCAGACUCUGCACAAGAACGCACAGGUACACCGGUGCCCCAUAAUUACUGUGGUGGACCCCAAAAACCCUGACAGUUUUGUCCCUCCUGAAGGACCAGGGCCCUCUUUAUACAGGAAACAGAAAUCCAACAAAGCCCCACACGUGCAGAUACACCUGCACGCCCAUGACCAAAGUAAAAAUGCUGCAGCAUCCAAUAAAAAGCUAGAACAAACUGUGAACCUAUCAGCUGUCAAAGAUUCCAAAGCAGUCGUGACUUGUAUCAUGAUACUACUAUCGGUGGUCUGCUGUCUGCCACUGGGUAUUGCAUUGGUGCAUGACGUCCUUUCUUCCGAAAAUAGUUUUAUCAUCUAUCAGUUUGAGCUCUGUGGGUUAACCUUGGUAUUUUUUAGGUCAGGCCUCAACCCGUUUAUCUAUUCUCGUAACAACUCGGGCCUCCGCAAGAAGGUGGCUUGGUGCACACACCUCGUGACGCUGCUGCUGUGCUGCAAGCAGAAAACGAGGUUGAAAGCGGUGGGAGAUGGCAGCCUGGUUGCAAAUAGGAACAAGUCUUCUCACCACGAUACCAACUCAGCAUACAUCCUCUCUCCCAAGCCGCAGAGAAAGCUAGUCGAUCAGGCCUGUGGUCCGAGUAACUCAAAGGACGCCUUUGCCUCGGUAGACCCCCAGCAAAAAGCACAAAGCUCCUCCACACCCAUUAACACUAGGAUAGAGCCUUAUUACAGCAUCUACAACACCAGUGCCCUUCAGGAGAACAGCACUCCUUCAAGCCUGCAGCCCAAGAGACAUGCCUUAGGGUCAGCUCAAUCCUAUACUGGAGUGUACUACCACAUCUCAAAAACAUCAGAUUUCAUGCAGGACUAUGACAGCAACUCUGCCAAACACAUUCCCAUUCCAUCUGUCUAA